ACACCAGCCCCCCAAUCCUUCUUUUUCUCUCUCUCUCUCGGAAUCUCAGUUAAGCAAUAGGCUGGACUCAAGAAUGAUGUCACUCACUCCACUCCCACGGACUGACACAGUGCGAAAAGUGUAAGAAGGACCUACCCCAUGUGCAACAACGGGACACAUGUGUGACACAACAAUGAACUGAAGAAGAACAAACAAAACAAGCCGGAGCGGGGGAGAUGAAGGAAAGGAAGGGACCGAGAGAAAGGGGACUUGCCAUCCGGCUCUGGGAAUAACAUCAAACAGUAGAGAACAAUUGUACUUUUAAAAUUAGAGACGCUGCACGCCGUGGGUAAUGGGGAGUCUCUUUAGGACGACCUAAGAGCAGGCAUGCCGGGGGGGUCGUGGGGCAGAAUGCGUGCGCGAUCUUUUUUUUUUUACGCACCACUCCACGGUAAUGAUGCUUCUUUAUUUUUGUAUAUAUAUUAAGAUGUAACUCCUCCUAUCUCACAUACGAUCUUUGUACUUGAUCAAGAACCAAAAAAAGGCAUUUCCCUUACACUCAGACUCAGCUGGUUUUUAAAAGGAGAAGAAAGCCGUGGAAGAACAUCACGCAUGAACAGAAUGAUGUGUCCACAAUGGAUGUGACAGAGAUCAUUCUCACGGUGACCAACUCUUCGGAAAAUGCCAGCAGCUCGGGCGCCCGUCGGCCCCCACCUCACUCUCAGGCGGCGGCUGCCUUCAUCAUUUUGGUUGUUACCGUUAUUAUUCUAGUAACGAUCGUAGGUAACGUGCUGGUCGUUGUCGCCGUCUUUACCAGUCGAGCUCUCCGUGCGCCCCAGAACCUUUUUCUGGUUUCCCUGGCGUCCGCAGACAUCCUUGUGGCCACGCUGGUCAUCCCAUUCUCCCUGGCCAACGAGGUCAUGGGAUACUGGUAUUUUGGUAGCAAAUGGUGCGCCUUCUAUUUGGCCCUAGAUGUCCUCUUCUGCACGUCGUCCAUCGUCCACCUUUGCGCGAUUAGCCUGGAUCGGUACUGGUCCGUAACCAAAGCGGUUAGCUACAAUAUGAAAAGGACCCCAAAGAGAAUUAAGUCCAUGAUCGCAGUGGUGUGGGUCAUAUCGGCGGUUAUAUCUUUUCCUCCGCUCAUCAUGACCAAACACGACGAGCAGGAGUGUCUGCUGAACAAUGAGACAUGGUAUAUACUGUCUUCCUGCUUGGUGUCAUUCUUUGCCCCGGGUGUGAUCAUGAUUCUAGUGUACUGUAAAAUAUACAGGGUGGCAAAACAGCGCACAUCCACAGUGUUUGUGGCUAAAAACGGACUGGAAAGACAGCCCUCGCAGUCUGAAACUUGCUUCAUGCGCAAUGACAAGUUCGAGAUGGAGAGUCCGAGCAGCCAGAGCUCGGGGAGCAACCAGCGACAGGAGGAGCUGGACGACAUCGAUCUGGAAGAGAGCUGCGCUUCGGAGAAACCCAGGAACUCUCGCUUCUCCAAGCGGAGGAAAGUGGAGGGAUCGGAAUGCUGCCCCAAGCAGAACUGCCGCAUGUCAUGGGCUUCUAACCGCGCCUCGGAGCUCUUUCAGGAGCAGAAGGCCAGGCAGCAGUCCAUCUCCAAAAGUAAAGUGGCGCAGAUGCGCGAGAAGCGCUUCACCUUCGUGCUGGCGGUGGUGAUGGGAGUCUUCGUACUCUGCUGGUUCCCCUUCUUCUUCACCUACAGUUUGCACGCUAUAUGCAGGGACAGUUGCACUAUCCCCGACGCUCUUUUUAAUCUUUUCUUCUGGAUCGGUUACUGUAAUAGCUCGGUGAAUCCUAUUAUUUAUACGAUUUUUAAUAGGGAUUUCCGAAAGGCGUUCAAGAAAAUUGUAUGCAGGACUGCGAAACGCACGUGAAAGAGCGCUCACUUCGUAACGCGUCGCGUUAUUGCGCUCAGUUGCAUAUUCCACGUCUAUUAUUUGCGCCUGUUUAACUUCUCAGCAUAUACCUGUGACUCGAUCAAAUCUGAUCACCGUGCUUAAAUCUGCUAGCGUAAUCGAGAUAUUAUUUUGACUUUGGGAAUGUUGUCAUUGUAAAUUGCGCAAAAUCAACUAAUUUACUUUGAAAUUGUUUACAAACUGGUACAUAAGAUAAUGGGACGGCAUAUUGGGUAUUAUUGUAAGAUGCAGCCUGGUAGUUUACUGAAAAAUUAAGGGUUUUUUUUCUUCCAAAAAUAUACGAUAAACUAUUUUGUCACACGUUAUUUCAUAGAUGUACGCAGAGUUUACUGGUCGUUCAGCUUACAUUAAUUGUAUGAAUAUUACGCACUGAUAUUUUGGAAUGAUCGACAGUCGUGGUUUAAUUUUACAGCAGCAGCAAGUGCAAUUCAGCACACCGCCGCCAAAAGCCUACACAAAGCGUUAUUUACCGUCCAAAGGUAGCACAAUAUAUGGCGAGAUCCUGGGCUGUCAAAAGUGUCUUCAUACCUUGGUACUAUUGGCAGUGGUGCCACAAAACCCACUGGGAGUGUUUGGAAACGCCGCAUGGGAAAUAUAUUUUUAUACUCCACUUAAUCGGGGAAUAAAGAAUCCCAAUUAAAUAAGUCCGACUUUCUUCAACUAGUAAACUUUUUAAAAAUUAAAAUCGGGUGUUGAAUACGUUCAUGCAGCAACUGACCAGCCAGUUACAGUGAUGUUAUCAAAGAUUUGAAAACCAUUUUCUAAACAUGCAAGUAACGCUUAUGUUAUUAUGCAAUGCCUCUCAAUCAUAAAAUGUAUGACCCUAAUUUAUGGAUUAUUAUGCCUCAAUUAAUAGCGUGUGCCGUGGCUCUUCAAACCUCUCGACAUAAGUUUACUGAUUCAGUUCCAGCUGGGCAUUGAUUAAAGUAGACUAUUCAUUAUAUUGCUUAUUCGCAAUACCGACUUUUAUAAAAUGCCGGUCAUUAUUAUGUAACUAUAAAUUUAUAAAAUACAGGUGAAAUUUUUAGGUCGCAAAAGGGCAGCAAUUUGUUCAUCUUCCUUUAAUUAGUAUAAAUGGCGACAAGGGGUUAAAAAAUGCUGAAGAUCACGUUUUUCUUUCCCCAGUCCGACCGAUAACACUAGUGGCAUCAUAAAAUAUUAAAAUGUUUUCCUUUCAAAGAUCGGUUGCCAAAUGUUGCAAUGCUUAUAAUAAUAUAAUAAAAUAAUUAUAAAAAAAACACUG